AUCAAGGUUGCAUAGAGCAGGGGGACACUUGUUUCUUUGGAGAAGACACGAUCUCGAAGAUGCACCUGCUGCGAGUUGAGCGUGGCGUCAAGUGGAUUGAGGGGUUUCUUGCUCCACCCCUCCAUGCGGAGGAUCAACCCGCAGUUCCUGAGGAUGCUGCCACCGAGGAUGUCCACCCCGAUGAUGUGGACGCUGCUGCCGCCCACACCGCCCCUUACCAUACCACAUAUGAGCAUGGGAGUGGUAGCUCAACAUUUCCAUCCCAUGACUACUUCACUCACCAAUUCCAGCAGCUGAAUCUCCAGAAUCAGCAGCUCCUCGAGCAUCAUCUCCAGUUCCAGCAGCAGUACUCGGCUCACCAAGCCGAGUAUAACACUAAGAUGGUUGCAUAUGAUGAGCGCCUCGACCGCAUGGAGGCCUAGCAGGAGGUGAAACUUGCUCACAUAGAGAGGGAGCAUGGACGGGCUCGUCGUAUGCAGGAGGUCCAGCAGCACAUGCUCCAGCUAAUACCGGGCGAGCAGCCAGUCUGGAGGACUCCCCACUCCCACCCCCGCCAGCCAGUGAUGAUGCUUUCAUGGACGACAUCGACCUCGACAACCUUGGCGACGAGUAGUCUAUACUCAUCGCCCCUUCGAGUAGUCUAUACUCAUCGCCCCUUCGAGUGUGUUUUUGUUUUGGA